UAUUUUUAUUCCCACUCAAAGUUUCCAAACUUUGGUGCAACCCCUUUUUUUUCCCCUCUGGUCCCCUUAUAUUUGUUAAUUUUCAUUUUUUGAUUCCGCAAUUUUUGCCAAUGAUAUGAUUCUGUACGUUUGUCCUCUCGCCAUCGUCGUGGUACCACUAUGAUGAAUUAUUAUUUGUUACGACUAUAUAUAUAAUAGGAAUUAUUUGAUAGAAAACCAAAUACAAAAAGUCGUUGUCUUACUUUGAUGAACAAAUUAGGAAAGCAAAGUUAUCUUUGUCUUCACUCAACCCCCGGAACCAGCUUUCCAAUUGAUAUUAUUGCUAUGAGAAUUUUAGUUAAGAAUGAGGAGGUAGUGUUUGAAUUGAGUAUUGGGAGUUUCCCUUGGAUGGACCGGCGUAGUUGGUUGUGGCGGAGGAAGUCGUCGGAGAAGAGUCCGAGUGGUGACACUGAAAGCUCUGCUGGAUCCAUUUCAUCCCAUUUCUCUGAUGAUCAGGUUCUUCUGAAUCACAACACUCAAUCACCAGAAGUCACAUCUAAAACAGCUCCCAGUGAUGAAGAACUUAAUGAAACUGUCAACACUCUAUCAGCUAAAUUAUCAGAAGCUCUUGUGAACAUCCGCGAGAAGGAAGACUUGGUAAAGCAGCAUGCAAAAGUAGCCGAGGAAGCUGUGUCAGGAUGGGAGAAGGCUGAAGCUGAUGUAUUGAUCCAGAAGAGACUAGCUGAGACAGCAAACCAAAAGAACUCAAUCCUUGAAGAGCAUAUCAGUCAUCUUGAUGAAGCACUUAAAGAGUGUCUGAGACAGCUUCGACAGGCAAGAGAAGAGCAAGAGCAGAAUGUCCAGGUCGCUGUAGAGAAGACAAGUUGUGAGUGGGUGUCUAGAAAGUCUGAACUCGAAAAUAAGCGUGUUCGGCUCCAGUCUCAACUGCAAAGUUCUAAAUCCAAAGACAGUAACAUCCAAGAUCUUCAGUGUAAGCUUGAAUAUGUGGAGAAACAGAACUCAGUACUCAAGCUUGAACUUGUUUCCAUAUCCGAGGAGCUCAAACUAAUGACAUUUCAGAGAGACUUAAGCACUGAUGCUGCUGAAACAGCUAGCAAACAACAGCUGGAGAGUGUCAAGAAGGUGGCUAAGCUUGAAGCAGAAUGCCGUAUGCUAAAGGCAUUUGUUCUGAAAAGAUCAGCCGUUAAUGACCACAAGUCUAGCCCUGCUUCCUCUGCUUAUGUUGAACCUUCCACUCAUAGUUUAUUAAAUACUGUUGCACUGCUGUCCACAGUCGAAAAUGAUAAUUGCAGCAUGAGUGGUUUGGAGCCAAAUAAUAAUUACCAGUACAGUUCUGGCUUCUUAUCUUCCGGUUUGGUUUCUGAAUUGAGUCAAUAUAUACAUGGAAAGCCACAUAAAAAAGACCUUACAGCACCGUCGCUGGAGAUAAAUUUGAUGGAUGAUUUUCUUGAGAUGGAGAAGCUUGCAGCACGUCCUGACACAGUGUGUGAAAGCAGCAAUUGCAGAGGAGCUCACAUUAACGAACCCAUUUUAAGAACUGAACUUAGACCCCCGAUUAGUCAGACAGCUGAAGUGGAGAAGUUGACAAAGAUGGAGGUGGAGAAAUUGAAACUACAGAUGGAAUUAACUGAGUGUCAGGUUGAGCUUAACAUAUUUAAAGAACAAUUAAAAGAAUCAAAGAACAGUUUAAUUGAGGUAAGAGCUCAGUUAUCUAUGGAAAAUGAAGCCAGGAGGAAAUUGGAGGCUGAAUUCAAGGCUACUAUAACCAAGCUUAAAGACUUUACAGAACGUUCGCAGAAACUGGAGGCUGAAAUUGUGGAGCUCAAAGAAAAGUUAUCUAUGGCAUAUGAAGCAACAAGGAAAUUUGAGGCAGAAGUUGAGCCUGCCAGAACUAUAUUCAAGGAUUUAGCUGAACGCUUAGAAAAAGUGCAAAUUGAUGUAGUGGAGCUCCAAGCUCAGCUCAUUACAGCUGAGGAAGCAAAAAGAGCUGCUGAGGCAGAAGUUGAAGCUACCAAUAUGAAGCUUAAGAAAUUAGAAUUUUGCUUGGAGGAAACUGAAGUCAAGUCUAUAGGGAUUCAAACCCAACUAGAAAUGGUGGAAGGAAUGAAAUCUGGAGUUGAUGCUGAACUUGAAGCUACCAAUGCAAAGAAAUAUGGGUUACAGUUACAACUUAAAGCGACUGAAUUGGAGCUGCAAGCACUGCUUUCUAAAGUUGAUUGUCUUCUAGAGGAGCUUUCCAAGGAAAAGGACUUGCACCAGAAAACCGCUGCAAAGUUACAGAAACUGGAAAUUGAUAAUUCAGUGAUAAAAUCGAUCAAGAAAUGGCAAUAGCAACUCGUCGAUUUGCAGAGUGCCAAAAGACAAUCGCUUCCAUUAAUUGGCAAUUGAAGUCCCUUGCUAUGAUGGAUUAUUUCUUGAUCGACUCAGAUGAACCAUUGCAAAUACAAUGACAUGACUUCUCCAAUAGGUUUGGUUCAAGAAGUUGUUCUUGUGGUACUACCUCCAAAAGAUUUCGGAACUCAGCAACUGCAAAUAUACUUACAUCGGGUUUAGUCGCCUUUAAAUUAAUAGUUUCUUUUUGGAAUGGAGGAUGAAUGUCGAAGAUUGAAAUGAUAGGUAUCAUGCAACAUAAAACUCGUAGAAUUCAAGAUGAAACAAUUGGAUAGUAGAAGAAGCCGCAAAGCUCGAAUAACAAAAUCUUGUGUCAUCUAUGAAGUGCCUAAGCAUGAACUUAUUACAUAAAUAUUUUUUUUUCCUUUCAAAGAAGUCAUGGGAUGUACUAUUGAGUAUUAAGUGCUUAUUUUAUUUGAAGUAUUGAGGUUCCAAA